GCCUCUCGGCCAUCUACCUCUCUUAGCCCCGCUGAAUCAUCUGCAUCGACUCCUUCUCCGGUUGUUGAAAUAACAUCCUCUGAAACGUUACCUUCUACUCCAGCUCCUGAAGAAAUUUCUUAUACUCCAGUUCUACCCUUGAAUCUGUGGAACGAAGUCUUCGACAGAGCUAACGAUGAGACCCGAAGAUGGAUUGAAAAUCAUGGUCUUAAAUCUACAUGGAUGGAGCUAUCACAACCGGGUGAUCAAAUCAAAGAGCUGAUCACCCUUCUCGAGACCAAAGCUCCAAACGAAGGCAAAUAUAUGACUGCAAAAAUCCAAUCUGGAAAACAUAAGAUAUUUUUUCGCACGUAUUUCACCCAAGUCGUCAAAUUUCUCACUCUGGCUGGUGAUGUCGCUAUAGCCUUCGCACCGCCACAGGCCAGUGCGCCUUGGGCUGCCGCAAAAAUUCCGCUCAUGCAAGUUGAUCAAAUGGCAGCCCUUGCUGGAACAAUCCAAUGGUUUACACGUACUGUUCGCAGAGGUCAGCUGUACGAGUUCCUCUACAAUACAACAACGACAGAUGAACAAAUCGUUUCCAACUUGAACGAUGCGCUCCGAGACUUAUACAUUGCGGCAGUGGAGCUAUUGGCGCGCUCUGACGAACUAUUCGAGAUGGGAAAGGUUCAUCAAACAUUGAAUGCUGUUCUUAGGCCCGAGCAGGUCUCAGGCCUCAUCUCGGACUUAUUAAAGAAAGAACAAAAGGUUCUACUGGAAGUGCAGGGUUGCGAAGCUUCACGAAAUGCCAGAGCUGGCAAGAAGCUUGAUCAGAGAAUAGAGGAUGCGUUAAAAUUGCUUGAUGAGAUGUCGACGCAUGUUACACGAAUUGACGAAGGCGUCACUAAGCUUCUAGAAGAAGCUGAGAUUAAUCGACUGGACUCUUUUAUGAAUAUUAUUAGCUCAGGGCAAACUGGAAAAAGUCACGCCGAGAUUAGACGUUCAAGAACAAAGAAUACUGGCGAUUGGUUGAUAAAUCAUGAAGACUUUCGUGAUUGGCAGGCGAUACCUUCAUCUUCUACCCUGCUUUGCCUUAAAGGAACUGUUGGCACUGGCAAAACUUUUCUCGCAUCUCGAGUAAUUGACUAUGUGAAGGAGAAUACGGAAACAUCGGCUCAGGAUAGAGGAUUUGCGUUCUGCUAUUGUGACCGAGCUGGAUCCUUGAUGCAAGACCCUUUCAAAGUUCUCAGAAGCCUUGCUCGCCAGCUGUCUUACAAAGCAUACAAUGACGACCAAGUUCGGAAACAGGUUGUUCAGAUUUGCCAAUCAGCAAGGGAAGGCUGGGACCCAGGCUACGAGGAGUACGAAGAGCUGAUCUUACGCUCGCUGAAUUCCUAUUCAAGGACUAUUAUAAUUCUUGACGCAUUGGAUGAAUCGGAUAUUACGAAAUAUAAUCUAGCAGAGACUCUCAUUGGUCUGAUGGAAAAGGCCAGUAAGCCGGUCAAAGUCUUUAUAUCGAGUCGUCCAGACCGAGAAUACCUGGAAGCAUUUAAAACCGAGUCUACCAUCACAGUUGACAGCAGCAAUCAACAAGGUGAUAUUGAAAAAUUCCUGGACAAAGAACUCUAUUCUAGACCAUUCUUUACAAAUCAGAACGGAGAAAUCCAGAAAUUGAUUAGGGAAACCUUUGCAUCUCGAAACGGUGGAAUGUUCCGAUGGGUUCACUUACAAGUCCAAUGGCUUUUGAAAUGCAUCUUGGAUAUUGAGAUAAAACUGUGGGCUACGAGACUACCCCCUGAUCUAAAAGGGGCAUACGAUCAAAUAUGGAACAGCAUAAAAGAGCAGCAUGGUGAACAUGAUAUCGCCUUAGCUGAGCGCGCUAUACAAUGGGUAUUAUGCUCUUUCGAGCCAUUGAAAUCCGAAACUCUUCUAGAAGCAAUCCGAUAUACUUUUGAAGGGGAUACGCUUGAAAAGAAAGAAAAACAAUCCGAGCAGCAAAUCUUGUCCCUUUGCCAAGAUCUUUUAACAAUUGACUCAGAGAGACAAGUGUGGAUGAUACCCCAUGCUUCAGUUGCUGAAUAUUUCGAGUCCAAAGGUAUGCCUCUAGGAAUAUGUGAUAUGCUUGUCGCCAAGACAUGCCUCAAUUUUCUCAUGCGAUUUGAAUGGAACAUCUCCCAACCCAGAUACGACAUGGAGGUGUUGUCGGCGGAUUUCGAAGAGUAUGUUGCCUAUACAUGGUUCAAGCAUGUUGAGCGAUACGAGAAGUGGCUGGGCUUACGGGGGGGUGCAGAUCCAGAUGCAAAACUCGUGGCCACCCUUAAGCGCUUUCUCGGGUUACCAGACGAGAGCAGUGACUACUACAGAACAUGGGUCGAUAAACUAAAUCCAAGUUGGAUUGACAGAAAAUUUCUGAUGCCUAGUAGCAUGCCGGUGUACGCCAAUUGUCUAUAUGGGUUUUACCACGUCUUGCGUGACUGGUGGGAGAAGGAUAAGAUCACUGCGGAGAUGGUGACCAAAAGAACUGCAUGGGGCAAUAAUGCGCUUUCCCUUGCGGCUUGCAAUCAACAUAUGCCGAUGUGCCGGUCUUUACUGAGUGCGCUGGAUAAAACCAACCACCUCACCGAAGAACAUAUUAAUAAGGCAUUGUUUUUGGCCAUAGGCACAAGCAACAAGGAUAUCAUCUCACUCUUGGUGAUGGAAGGGAAGGCAGAUGUCAACUCUUAUUACGUUGCCGACAAUAUGGACCCUCCAAUUCCGGCGUUAAUGAUGAGGAGGCCCGAUGUGCUGCAGUGGCUUGUGGACCAAAAAUGGGUCGACAUCAUCAGUGAAGGAGGUUACGCAGGCAACGUCUUGAUCGUAGCAGCAGGCUCCAAAAAUCCGCGAUCGGUCGAGAUUCUGCUCAAGGCUGGGGCCGAUGCGAAUGCUGCUGUCGAGUGUGGCUACGCUGGGAGCGCCCUAGUUGCAGCCAUUCUAGUUCAUAAUGAUUGGACUGCAAAAACCACAGAAAUCAUCCAGCUGCUUGUUGACAAUGGUGCGGACCCCAGCCUGCCCUUGAAAGUUGGUGAUUAUGGCAGCGCACUGGAGAGGAUGAUGACCGUUAAUAGAAUCAAUUUUCCGUUCGAGCAUAUGGCACGGUACAAAGAUGUGCUGGAAAUCAUGCUUAGACCUGGUGUUGAUCCUGCCAUAAUGUUGGAUCGGGGAGAGCAUGGCAGCGCGCUCGCCGCCGCCGCAUAUUGGGGGUUGAAAGACCUGCUGGCGAUGAUGAUUGAUGUCACCGGAAAGGAUCGGGCAAUCAAAUGCCUCGAGCAGAGCAGACAUCCGAAGAUAAAACAUCUUUCUGCAGUGGAGAAUUUCGAGAAAUGGAAGCAAUUCGCG